AUGGCAGACUCAAUCGCCUCGUCGAUGGACCAGUUGAGUCUCAAUGCCAAAAACAUUGACUCCUCAGCCUUCGACACGCGACUCGCCGCUGAGGAAGACGGCUCAAUCGACGACCUCCAGCCUCGGAAACGAACACGCCAAAAUACAGAUGACCUCCUGGCAGAGUUGGAGAGUGAAUAUAUGGCCCCUUCGGCUGAGUUCAGUCCUAAGUGGCUGAACCAUUUACAAAAACGAUGGGAUGUAUCAACGGAGUACACAGAUCUCUUCGAGCUGGCUCCUACGCAAACACGAACCGUUACUCGAUUCACACGUGAAGGGCUGGAAGGACGGGUCACUGGCUACCACGAAGUCACAGUCCCCGCUGCGAGUGCGAACGCUAAGAACUCAACGUCGCUUCUUCGAAGACCUGCUGGUCGUGCCGAUUUUGUUAGAGGAGCAGCGGGAUUUUUCCCAUUUGCCCCCGGGGGUCUGGAUGGCGUCGAGGCGCUUGCUGAGAUGGAAACCGAUGCCCUGUCAGCAGAGCAAUCACGCGGCAAUGGAAAACAAUCGGGCCUUGACCGGAUUAUCAACUUUGGUUCUGAAGGCGGUCUUCUGACUACUCCUCCAGGUUUCAGCCAUGGUCUCAAUUUCGAGGAAGCUAAAUCCAAAGAUACUGCUGAAGGUGACAAGGAAGUUGAGCAUGCGCUUCUGCAAGAGGAGAGCCAUCUCACGGUGGAUCAAGCUGAACCAGUCCCGGAAACCGAUGCACGGACAAAAUUCGAGGUCGACGGCGACGAUAGUGAUCCAGAAGAGGAAGACAUGGAUGCUUUAUUACCGAACGAGUUCCCGGCAUUAGAACCGCACGGUCAAUUGCUUGCGGGAGUCCAGAAGCAGAAGGGGAAAGAAUGGGCACAUGUUGUGGACGUGAACAAGGAUAUCACCAAUUUCAACGAGUUGGUGCCCGACAUGGCCAGAGAAUGGCCGUUCGAGUUGGACACCUUCCAGAAGGAGGCUGUCUAUCAUCUUGAAGGCGGCGAUUCGGUAUUUGUUGCCGCACAUACGUCGGCAGGCAAGACAGUGGUGGCUGAAUACGCAAUUGCCUUGGCGGCUAAACACAUGACCAAAGCAAUCUACACAUCACCCAUCAAGGCACUCAGUAACCAGAAGUACCGCGAUUUCCGAAACACCUUUGACGAUGUGGGAAUUCUGACAGGAGACGUUCAAAUCAACCCAGAAGCUAGUUGUCUGAUCAUGACGACUGAAAUCUUGCGCAGUAUGUUGUACCGGGGUGCUGAUCUCAUUCGCGAUGUCGAAUUCGUCAUCUUCGACGAGGUGCAUUACGUGAAUGACCUUGAGAGAGGGGUUGUGUGGGAAGAGGUCAUUAUCAUGCUUCCGGAACAUGUCACCCUGAUUCUUCUGUCUGCCACUGUACCCAACACCUACGAAUUCGCAUCAUGGGUGGGUCGUACCAAAAAGAAGGACAUUUACGUGAUUUCGACUCCUAAACGUCCCGUUCCACUGGAACACUACCUCUGGGCCGGGAAAGGCAAGCAUAAGAUCGUCGAUUCUAACAAGCGAUUCCUGGAGAGCGGUUGGAAGGAAGCGAAUGAUAUUAUGUCCGGAAAAGAUAAAAUCAAGGCUCAAAAAGAGGCGGAGGCCCAGGCCCAGGCUCAAGCACAAAGGGGAGGACAUCAAGGGCGGGGACGAGGUCAGCCUGCAGGCAGAGGGGGGGGCCGAGGCAACUCGCAGCGUGGAGGAGCUCCACAGAGAGGCAGAGGUCAGCCUGGUGGUAGAGGACAACCCUCUAACCGGGGAUCGGGCAACAUCGCCCGCACUGGGCGUGGAGGAGGUCGGACGACUGCUGCCCAAGAUAAGAAUAUCUGGGUUCAUCUUGUUUCGCAUCUUCGCAAAGAGGAUUUGCUGCCAGGGUGCAUAUUCGUUUUCUCCAAAAAGCGAUGUGAGGAGAAUGCGGAUUCACUCUCCAACCAGGACUUCUGCACUGCUUCUGAAAAAAGUCUGGUUCAUAUGUUCAUCGAGAAGUCGCUUACUCGGCUGAAGCCUGAAGAUCGGACACUUCCCCAGAUCCUUCGGCUUCGUGACCUGCUCAGCAGGGGUGUCGCCGUGCACCACGGUGGUCUUUUGCCCAUUAUGAAGGAGAUUGUGGAGAUUCUCUUCGCGAAGUCUUUGGUCAAGGUUCUGUUUGCCACGGAGACUUUCGCCAUGGGUCUUAACCUCCCAACUCGGACGGUUGUGUUUUCUGGAUUCCGCAAACAUGACGGCAAAGGCUUCCGAGAUCUUUUGCCCGGAGAGUACACACAGAUGGCUGGACGUGCAGGACGCCGAGGUCUUGACACUGUGGGGUAUGUCCUCAUUGCCACUACCGGACGAGAUGAAGCACCACCCGCAGGCGCUCUGAGGAAGAUGAUACUGGGAGACCCGACCAAGCUCAGAUCACAGUUCCGGCUCACAUACAAUAUGAUACUCAACUUGCUCCGGGUGGAGGCACUCAAGAUUGAGGAGAUGAUCAAACGGAGCUUCAGUGAGAAUGCCACGCAAGCUCUACUUCCGGAACACGAAAAGCAAGUCCAGCUUUCCGAGGCUAGUCUCGCCAAAAUCAAGCGGGAGCCAUGUGAAAUCUGUGACUUGGAUCUGGCGACGUGUCACGAUGCAGCAAUGGAAUAUGAGAGACUCACGACCGAAAUGCAUGCGGGACUGUUAUCCUCUCCUGUGGGAAAGCGUCUCUUUACGCUCAAGAGAUUAGUGGUUUACCGGAAGGAUGGAUUGCGCACAGCCGGAAUCCUCGUACGAGAAGGUGUCACUGGUGGUGCUGUACCUUGUCUCCAGGUUUUAGAGAUUGGGACAUUGAGUAAUAAGCGCCAUCCUAGCGACAUUCUCCCAUUUCUGCCCAAAUUCCGCCAGUUUUUCCAGUCAUUGCCUGCUGUUUCAGCAAAGAUGCAUCUCAGGGUAUGCAAAAUCCCGCUUUCUGACCUUGAAUGUGUCACGAACACGCAAGUCAAACUCGGAGGGCCGAUCUGGUACUUGAACAUCAAAAAGGAGGCGGUCAAGUUUGGGGACAAGGAAUUGUCCAAAUAUUGCUCCUCCUGGGUCAAGGACUCUUGGGAUGAGAUGGACUGGCGGCGUAUCAAAGAGCUACAAGUGCGAGAUAUUCUCGAUCAGCGGCAGGCUCAGGCCGAUAUUGCCCAGUCGUGUCACUGCCUGAAAUGCCCAAACUUCUUGAAACAUUUCGAAAUGCAACAUGACGAAUGGCAAGUCAAGGAGAACAUCUCACAACUGAAACAAUUGAUGUCGGAUCAAAACCUUCAACUCCUACCAGAUUAUGAACAACGCAUUCAGGUGCUGAAGGAACUGGGCUUCGUGGAUGAGCAAUCCCGCGUGCAGCUCAAAGGCAAGGUGGCAUGCGAGAUCCACUCCGCCGACGAGCUUGUUCUGACCGAGUUGAUUCUCGAGAACGUCCUGGCCGAAUACGAGCCAGAAGAGAUCGUUGCGCUCCUAUCUGCAUUUGUAUUCCAGGAGAAGACCGCACACGUUCCGGUCCUGACCCCUCGUUUGGAAAAGGGCCAUGAAGCAAUCGUCCGCAUCGCGAACAAGGUGAACGACUUCCAGAUCCUACACCAAGUCAUUCAGUCCAGCGAGGACUCGAACGACUUCGCCAGCACGCCACGAUUCGGUCUUGCCGAAGUUGUGUAUGAGUGGGCCAAGGGCAUGUCCUUCAACCGCAUCACGGACCUCACCGACGUGAUGGAGGGGACUAUUGUUCGGACUAUCACUCGACUAGACGAGACCUGUCGGGAGGUGAAAAAUGCAGCCAAACUGGUCGGCGACCCGUCGCUGUACACCAAGAUGCAGCAGGCGCAGGAAUUGAUCAAGCGCGAUGUCAUCUUCGCCGCGUCGCUGUACAUGUAA